UACACAAAUAAAUUAUUUUAUUCUGUGUGCUGGAUAGAAAAUAAUUUAGUUUAGGCCUAAUAUUUUACUAAUAAUUAAUAAAUAAACUUUAGUUGUUAGAUUAGAUUUAGUUAAACGCAUGUAUUUUAUUGUCCUACGUCACUUAGUUUUUUUUUUUACUUUAGUCUAGACGUUUAGUUUAUAAUAAUGUUUAAAGAUAAGACAGCUUGGUUCUCCAAAAGCUGCGUAUCCAAUGCAUCAGUCGUUUGGGAACAGAAUGGAGGGAAGUUUGCAGAUGUUGACUUUGCACAGUUUCUAUUCAGUGAUGAUUGGAAUCAUGAAGAUACUAACUACCUCUAUAACAGUGAAGCCUAUUUGAAUCAGCAUUUGGCAAUAUUCAAAUCACAGUAUGUUGGGGAUGCUGUACAAUCUGAUGGUGUUAAUUGUCCACUAGGCAAAUAUUUUCUCGUUCCUCCAGAGAUUCUUGAAUGUAUUUCAGAGAGGAAAUCAAAGUCAGGUUCUGAACAUGAAAGCCAGAGUUCUUCAAAUUCAACAGAUCAAAUACAACCAAAAAAACCUCACUUGGAUCCAAUAAUCAAAUUAUCAGCCCCUCUGGGUUCACCUUCACAAGAGUGUUCAGCUAGUACAAGUUAUGAAUCUGAUCCUCCCAAAACAUUAAAACAAAAGCAUGUAAUCCAAAGUCCUGCUAAAAUUAAGGGCACAGAUAGAUUCUCACUCCAUGACUUAGAAUCAAUUCCUCACAUUAAAAACUUGCCUAAAGUCUCUGGAGAAUUGUUGUAUGUGAAUCUUAAUAGUGAUGAUGUAGAUGUUGUAUUUAAUGCAUGAUUCAUGAAUUAUUGUAUAUCUUUGGUGGACAUAUGCAGAA